AUGGAUCGUUGGCUUAACAAAUCAAGAAAUACAGUGGGAUCAUCCUCAUCAGAUGCAAAUGAAAAUAAAUGUGUCACACCGAAUAAUAGUGCGAGUUUAAAAAGAGCAAAUAGUCCACCUAACAAACAAUCUGAUACAGGGACAUCUGCCACUACAGUAAGUAAAAGAAGAAAAUAUGACGAAAAUUAUAUCUCUUUUGGUUUCAUACAUGAAAAUAGUUAUCCACAGUGCGUUGUAUGUAGUAAAGUUUUUCCGAAUAGUUCAAAAAUGCCAGCCAAAUUGCGCCGUCAUUUGGAAACUAACCAUACAAACGUCAAAGAUAAACCUGUUGAUUAUUUUAUUCGAUUGCGUGAUCAACUUUUAAAGAAUAAGAACUUUAUAGCUGAAGUAACAAAAACGGAAAAUGAAAAAGCAACAGAGGCAUCUUAUAAGGUCAGUUAUCGUAUAGCUCAGGCUGGUAAAGCUCAUACAAUUGCCGAAAGUCUAAUCAAACCUUGCGUGACAGAUAUUGUUAGUUGUAUGUUAGAUGAAAAGGCAGUCAAAAAAAUAAAUACUAUUCCGCUUUCCAACGAUACCGUUAGGCGUAGAAUUAACGAUAUAUCAACUCACAUAAAAUCGGAAUUAAUAUCUCGUCUUAAAUGUAAUAAUUUUGCUUUACAAAUGGACGAAUCCACUGACGUUUCUGGAUUAGCUGUAUUGCUUGUAUUCGUUAGGUAUAAAUAUCAAACUUCUCUUGAAGAAGACCUCUUAUUAUGUCAACCUUUGUCCACUUAUACAACUGGUUAUGAAAUCUUCAAUAUGUUGAACAAUUUUUUUGAAAUAGAAGGAUUGACUUGGGAUAAUUGUAUUGAUAUUUGUACAGAUGGAGCGAAGGCAAUGGUUGGAAAAACUGCUGGCGUGGUUUCGCGAAUUAAAGAAGUAACCAACAAUUGUAGUAAUAGUCAUUGCAUUCUUCAUCGUCAAGCACUUGCUAUUAAAAAGAUGCCAAUACCUCUUAAAAAUGUACUUGAUGAGGCAGUGAAGAUUAUAAAUUUCGUAAAAUCUCGACCAUUGAGCACAAGACUGUUCACAAUUUUGUGUGAAGAUAUGGGAAGUAUGCACAAAUCACUACUUUACCAUACCGAAGUAAGAUGGCUUUCUCGGGGAAAAACACUUGUACGCUUACUCGAAUUGCGCAAUGAAUUGUACGUUUUUUUCACCGAUCACCCAUUUAAUUUACAGCUCAGAAUUAGUGAUAAAAUUUGGUUAUUUCGACUUAGUCACUUGGCUGAUAUUUUUACAAAAUUGAAUAAAGUGAACUUAUCAAUACUAGGUAAAAUGACCACCGUUUUCACGGCAAAUGACAAAAUUCGAGCUUUAAAAAAAAAAAUUAAAUUUUGGGCUGUGUGUUUUUCUCAACAUAAAAUUGAUAGUUUUCCUUUGUUAAAGGAACAUUUAGAAUCGAUUGAUGGUAAUAUUGAAGAUUUUGAUGAAAUAUAUGGCGAAAUUGAACAACAUUUAAAUGAAAUACUAUCGUCAUUAGAAAAAUAUUUUCCAGAAAGUAAAGACAUAGAAUUUAUCCAACGAUAUAAUUGGGUUAAAAAUCCGUUUUUAAUCAACGAUAAGCCCGAAGAUUUAUCUAUAACGGAGUAUGAAGAAUUUAUUGAAAUGACCACCGAUUCAUCUUUAAAAACUUUAUUUGAUAAAAUAUCAUUAACAGAUUUUUGA